AUGGCAAGACGGUCCUCUAGCAGAGGAGGUGUCUCCCGAAGCAGUGCUGCUUCUUCGGCCAGUACUAGUACAUUGGAAAAGCUAGAAAUGCUGCGCAAUUUUUGUCCAUCCUUUUCGGAAAAGGAUUUGUCCACGUGCUUGUCUCAAGCAUCCUACAAUGUCGAAUUGGCAGCCGAGCGAUUGAUGACGGGACAAUUCCAACCAACUGCCAGUCAAACACAACAACAACAACAACAACAACAACAACAACAACAGUACACUACUGAAAGACACGUUGUCAAACGAACGCCGUCCAACAAUAGAAAACUAGCACCCGUGCCCGCCAAAACUCCCAAUCAUCGACAUCACACAACAACAAACACCAACACUACUACUACUACAUACAAGACCCCUUCCAACUCGACUACCAAAAAGCGUCCGUCUCCUCAUGACAGUACCACACAGACGCACUCUUCUUCUGCUCGACCCGAAAAGAAACGAACUCCUCCCGUCACCAUUUCUCCUGCAACAGUAUCAGUAUCAUCCUCGUCAUUGCUGCUCUGUGAGAGAUGGGUCGUUGGAACCUGUACCACUCGUCACGGAAGAGUGGCGCACAGAGAAACACUACAAUUGGAACAUUCCGACAAACAGCUCACCUUGCGGUUUCGAGGAAGUCACAUUCAAGGAUCCUUUAGCAAGAGUUUGUCAAGAUUGGUCACGCCUCUCUUGAACCUUCCAGUCGGCCAACAAGACAACAACAACACAAAAGCCACGAUACUAGAGCUACAUGGAGAGGCUCUCAUGGAGGAUCGGGGAAUACCCAUUGGAGGAGAAGUGCCUUUGAAACUCACUGUCCAUCUCCGCUAUCCACGGGCCUUUUUCGCCAUCUUUGAGGAGGAAGGAGGCAAUGGAAAGCAAUCCGCAUCGUCCAUGUUCUUCUCCAAUAGAAAAGACAAGGGAGUACCAGCCCAUUUUGCCAGACGCAAAACAAUGACGCUGCCAGAAACGGCAUUUGCCUUUUUGCAGUGGGCUCAGUACGGCAAACUACCAGAGAUUCCAGAGUUUACAGCUGUGGAGGAACAAGAAGAUGUCAAAAUGGAAGAGGAGGAUGACACUGUGAUUCAAGAAGAAUCAGAGUUGAACACCGACGACAAUGGAGAACGCCCCGAAUGGGCCAAAUCAAUCAACAAUGCAGAAUCCAACAGUGACAGUAGUAACAACAAAUCGGCAAUGCUGCCAGAAAUGCAAGAUCCCAAGGGCUUUACUUCGGUUGUCCUUCGUCCUUACCAACGUCAGGCACUGUACUGGAUGAUGAAGAGAGAGCAAGAAGGGGAGAGCAGAGAGGAACUCGAAAAGGAGCUGGAGCUACUCUCGGAACUCGCAGUGGCCAACAACAAGGCCAACAACCACAACACCAAUAAUGAAACAACAACAUCCACCAGAAGUAUUGCAGAUGGAGCAGCCACAAACCAGCAUGUUUCCUGUGACUGUGGGCCGGUUCUAGUCUCGGAGGCUGGACGACGAAAUGCCACCACUCUGGAUGGACAAUCGAAUCCUGUGAAUCACCCUCUUUGGAAGCCACGAUUUCUUGCCAGCCACAACAAGGAGAAUUCUUUUCUCUUUUAUGUCAAUGAACUGCUGGGAGUUGCCACAUGGCACGCACCCGCACCACCCAAACAAUGCAGCGGCGGGAUACUCGCGGAUGACAUGGGCCUUGGAAAGACUGUGAUGCUGUUGGCGCUAAUCAUCAAGUGCAAAGAAAAGACUAAAGUGAAGCAGGCGCCAACCUUGGUCGUAGCUCCACUAUCUUUACUGUCCCAGUGGGAAGAGGAGAUUGAAACAAAGACUCAACUCUCCUAUCAAGUUUGCUACGGAGACAUUGCAAAGGAAAGACGAGUGGACUUGAACGUUGAUAUUGUGUUGACGACGUACGGGACGAUGCAAGCAGAGUUCCAGAUGCAAAAGAAGAACGGUCGUUCCAACGGUGCUGCCGGUAGUCUCCUAGGCACGGACUGGCUGCGGGUUAUAUUGGAUGAAGGUCAUUUCAUCAAAAACCAACAGACGUUAGCGUCCAAAACCUGCUGUGCAUUGACGGCAAAGUAUCGCUGGGUUGUCACUGGAACCGUGAUUCACAACAGCCUCGAAGAUGUGUAUUCCUUGGUGAAAUUUUUGCAGCACGAACCAUGGUGCGAGGCUGGAUUCUGGAAAGCGGCCAUCUCAAGCGAGAUGAACCGAACGGAAACCGAAACUGGGGAGAAUGGGAGUAUUGGUGAUUCGGAUGAACCAACUGGGAUGAUGGUAGCGCUUGGACGUGUCCGUCGGCUGCUGAGCCCACUGAUGCUUCGUCGCACCAAAGACUCUCGCAUGGCCAAUGGAGAACCUAUUCUGAGUCUUCCUCCUAUUGAAGCGAAGGUUGUGACCGUGCAACUCUCAGAUGCCGAGAGAGACUUUUACAAUGCCCUUUUGGAGAAGUCCUUAGGCGUAUUCGAAGGUUUCAUCAAGGCAGGCACUGCAAACAAAUCGUGGCUUGCCAUUUUUUCUCUGCUUCACCGCCUUCGAAUGGCUUGUGAUCACAUCGCCCUCACGGUCAAGUCACACUUGAACGAAGGUGACUGGAAUGAUGCUGUUGCAGGGGGAAGCAAUGGAGAAUUGGCCGUGGCUAAGGCUUCCGCUGUAUCGCCCGUGAAGCCUGCAGCACGAGAGACCGCGACAGUUGACGAGGCUUUCCUCCAAGGUCUUAUGCAGAAGUUUCGUCACGCCCAAACGAACGAUACCAGUACUUCUUAUCCUGAGACUGUUGCGCGUGCGCUUGCAGAGUUGGUCAAGGACAAAGCUACGCACCUCACAGAGGAAUGUUCCAUCUGCCUUGAGACCCCUCUCAUUGUCAAGUCAUGUCUCACGAACUGUGCUCAUGCUUUUUGCAAGGAGUGCCUAGUCGGAGUUUUGAAGGCAAAAUCUUCCUGCCCAGUUUGUCAGACGGAGGUAGAGGCGUCCAGCGUCAUUGUUUUUUCGAAGUCGGGGGAAGGGAACUACGCUACAUCCUUCCUAAACGAGAAGACGAAGCCUCCGACACCAAUCAAAAAAGUAUUGAAACGCCACGAUACAGCCAGGCGGGUUCUCGAGAAUGCAAUCAACGGGGCUCAAAGCUCCAAACUGGCUGCCAUAUUGCGAGAGCUUGACCAGAUUUGGAUGGUGGACCCUGGGAGCAAGGUCCUAAUAUUCUCUCAAUUCCUGGGUAUGUUGGAUCUGAUAGAAUCGGCAUGUGGUGAUUCUGAGAUUCCCUGCGGUCGGUUGGAUGGCAAAAUGUCUCUCAAACAGAGAGUAGAAGCGUUGGAUCGGUUCAAGACAAGCAACCCAGGACGGGAUGGCAGAGGCUCUGUGAUGCUUGUCUCAAUGAAAGCAGGAGGCGUAGGCCUGAAUCUGUCGGUUGCUAACAAUGUUUUUAUUGUCGACCCGUGGUGGAACCAAAGCGUUGAAGAUCAGUGCAUCAAGAGAGCCCAUCGAAUAGGCCAGACAGCCGCAACAGUUAGGGUACGCAAGUUCGUCGUCGAGGAUUCUGUCGAAGAGCGAAUUGUAGAACUUCAGCAAAAGAAGAAAGGCAUGGCAAAUGAAGUGUAUUCAGAAAUGAAUCCUGAUGGAACCAUGUCCAGCUCCAGACCAACCAUGGAGGACUUCAAGCUAAUCUUUGGCAAUCUGAAGAAGCCUUAG